AUGGGCGGGACUCGCUGCGAAAGCGCCCCCCCUCGGCCGGGCCGGGGCCGCAGCAGCCCGCCCUGGACCCGCUCCGCCCGCCCCUUCCGGCGGGAGCGGCGGCGAUUCCGGGGCGGGGCUGAGCCGGGCCGCGGCGCGUCGGGCAUGGCCGGGAAGCGGAGCCGGGAGGCCGGCGAGCGGAGCGGGGAGCCUGCGGCCAAGCGCGCCCGCGGCCCGCGGGACGAGGAGUUCAAUGGCGUCCGCUUCAAGGCGCUGCUGCGGGACCCCGCGGCCGCCGCCAAGGGGCUGGAGACCUUCGUGUCCGUCGCCAAGACGCUGCCGUCGCCCCAAGUGUACGAUGUCGUGGAGGGAUACGUGAAAAUUUCCAUGGAGUGUGCUGAGAUAUUCAAGCUGCUCGAUGGAGAAAGGAAGCCCGAAAGUGAAAUGCUGUUAAUCUUUCAAGCUCUAGAAGCCAUUUUACUGAGGACAGCCAGUGACCUCUCACAUUUUUCUGUCGUGGGAAUGAACAUUGUCAAGAAGUUGAUUCAUUCCUAUAUGAAACUGGUCUAUGCUGCUUUGUAUUCUGAAAAUCACAAAAUGAGCCAAGGGUGCCUUACACUGUUGUCAGCAAUGGUGGCUCAGGGCCCGGAUUCAGCAAGGGAUGUGUACAGUCAUUUUGAUUUCAAUAACAAAUACCUGCCUGGAUUGUUGAAAAAAAGAUGUAAGAAGGGGAGAACAGAUGUCCGCAUGGCCUAUAUUCAGUUUGCCCUCUCCUUUCUCAUUGCUGGUGACAAUGCAAUCUUGGCACAGGUGCUGGAAUUAAAAGAUUUCAUUCCAGGUAUUCUUCGCUCUGGAAUAAAGGAAGACAAAGUUUCUACUGUCAGUCUUGUACUUUCCACACUGAGAACUAAGGUGGUUCAUAACAAAAGUAUCAGCAAAACACAGAAAGUGCGUUUUUUCACUGCAGAAGUGUUGCUUCACAUCGCUUCACUGUACGGUUGGAAUGGGAUUACUGAUGUCAGCCCUGAGGAUUUAAAGGUGGCUCAAGGUUCUGAGGAGGUGGGAAAAGCAAUGGUACGAGAACUUGUGCAUAGUUUCUUAAUGGACCUCUGCUGCUCUCUGAAACAUGGCAUAACGUUUUAUGAUCCAAGUCUUGGAACUUCUGGCAAGGGAGGAAAUGUGGUACUUCUGCACUUCCUGCUUGGUUUAAAAACUGCAACAGAAGAUGAAAUGGUUGCUGAUCUCAUGGUGAAUAUUCUCAAAGUAUGCCCAGAUUUAUUGAAUAGAUACUUCAAGGAGACCCACUAUUCCUUUGUUCCAAGAGUGAUGUCUACUUGGAUGGACAACGUGAAGUUGCUCAAGAAGAUCUAUGAGGCUCAACCAGAGAUCUCCAAGUCUUUUAAGACUUCAGAAUUUAUUCCUCUUCCCAGAUUGCUUUCGAUGGUGAUGGUGACAACAGUCCCUGCAGUGUGCAAUAAAACCAUGUUCACCCAGGGGUUAAAUUUGCCCAGCACAGUGGUGAAGCACAGCAUCCUGUCACUGGUAUCCAUGGUGCUGAGAAGAGCCCUGAGGAACAUUGAGCACUGUUUGUCUGAAGAAACCUGGCAAAGGUCACAGAUCUACACGCUGCCAACAGUGCAGGAGUUUGUGCAGCUCUACAGAGAAGCUGUCAGCAAGGUCUUACCAGAAAUGAAUAGUAUUGUGGCUGUCUGGCAGUCCCUUCUGAAGCAAGAGAGAGAACACAACGACAGCCCAGCAGAGAAGAAUGAGGGUGAUGCCUCCACUGUGAAGGCAGUGACGGAGACAGAAGUUGCUGAGCAGCACGGUUCAGAUGAUGCUGAGACGCUGCUUCUGAAAGCUGCACUGCUUCAGGUCAUAUGUCUUUAUCAGAAGGUUGUGCCCCACUUGGUAGCACGGAGCAACUUUGAUUUUAGCAAGCUGCUAAAAGGUAUAGUCACUGAAAAGGGCCUGCGGGAGGAGGUCCCUCCUCUUCUGCAGCACCAUAUCCUGAAAGUGGCUUUGGAGCUUCCUGCAAACAAAUUUGCCUGGUUUAGAGUACAGGGCAUCUCUGAAACAGAGAAGCUAGCUGGUGAAAAAUCAGUCUUCUAUUUACUGAUGAAAAUGUUUGUUACAAGUACCCACUCUCAUCUGAAAAUUUCCACCAAAAAAUUAAUCAUCAAGGUUUUAUGUGACAGUGGAGUGUUUGAGUACACAUGGAAGGAACUUUCGAUUUGGCUGGAACACUUGGAUAAUACAAAAGAAGACCAGAAGGAAGCAGUGAUUCAGUUUUUGGAAAGGAUCCUGCUGAAGCUGGUGACAAACCCCUAUCCCUACACAGACAAGGCAGCAGACCUGGUUCAGGAAGCCAGCAUGCUCCAGGUCGCUAUGUUUAAACAGGACUCCGAUAACAUCAGCAUCCCCGUCUCUCACAUUGAUGAUGUCCUGGAUAUGGUGGAUGUCCUGAUCGAGGGCAGUGAUGGCUUAGAUGAAGAAAUUGGGUUCUCCUUAAAUGAAGACAUGAUUAUCCAAACAUUUCCCUUCAGUGCUGUUGUCCCUGCUGCAUUAGAAGCCAGGAAUAUGCUGUUGCUUCAGUCUGAAAGUGGAACAGGGGCACACAUCGUGGAGUAUCUUGUUGCUGUGUUCACUGACCUCCUGCACUCUCAGAGAGAACCUCUUGCUCUCUGCUUGAUGUUCCAGCUCUAUGAUAAAGAUCUCAAGAGCCUGAAAGUUGCCAAGUACCCUCAGCUCUACCAGUUCAACCAAUACUAUAAACUCUGGAUACCCAAGCAAUCUCAGGAACAUGUGUUUAAAAACCACAAGGAAUUAAGCGAAGAACCUACUGUGGAACUGGAUUCUGUAUUUGCCACUUUGCUAAAGAGAGCCUAUGAGAGAGGAAGCAAUACCUUAUUGGAAGAUGGUGUUCAGACAAAAUUGAGAGACUUGGCUUCCUUGGCCCCACCUGACCAGCUUUUGCUGGGAGUAAAGCACGUGCUGCUAUACCUGAAAUCCACAGUGGAGAACUUCAGCAGUCUUGGUAAGACUUUGGGUCCUCAACUCAUUGGCCUCUACGUGGACAUGCUGAGCAUCUUCUUGUGCCGGGGCAAUCAAGUAAAGCUGGAUCAUCAGCAGAAACGGGAAGAGCAUCAGGCUGAGUCGGAUCUCUUUAUGGAUGAGGAGUCUCUGAUGACAGAAGUGUCUUCAAAUGACAAGACACUGGAGGAUACACUCGCCUUGAUUUUCAGACAUCCUACCCUGGAGAGCUGGUUCCUGGCCUUGGAACUGCGCUCUAUUCCUCAGCCUGGUUUGAACCCAGUCACCGUGAAGCUCCUGUCAGCUCACCUCAAUUCCGGGGUUCUUCAGCUGCUGAAAACAGGUGCCCCCAUCCUGCAGAGUGUCACAACAGAUCACAGACACGUGUUGUCCAAGUAUUUCGAAGCUAUCACAAAAAGUGUCCUGGGGGAGCUGAAGACUGUGGGGAAGGACAGAAGCCAGGUUUGUCCCAGGAAGUCUCACCAGAUGCAGGCUCUGGAGGAGCUGCACAUGUACAUGACUGCAGCUCAGCUGAAGGAGAUCACUUUAACCAUGCUGCAACUUCCUGAGAUGAGCUUGACUGCUCAGAGUUCUGAAAAAUCCCCUAAAAAAGGGAAACAGUUAAGCUUCUACGGACAGAUUUUGGUGCAGCUCCUUACAGACAGCUUCCAAAGGCAUCCGCAGCAAGGAGAGCUUCUGCUAUCCACAGAGCACAUUAAAGCUUUGGGGGUGUUGAUGUCAGCAUCGGCCAGCAGAGAUCUGGAGAAAGUUUUCCUUCAGGCUCUCCAAAGCGAGCCGGUCCUUGCUCUCGCAGUUGGUGUCGAGGUGCAGGCUCACUGCCUUGCGCAGUGCUCACACACCUCCCUGGCCAUUGUGGCCAUGCUGAUCCAGCACUCCAGGACUCACCUGCUGCAGUUCGAGCUCUGGUGUCUGAGCAGUGCCGCUGGGAAGUACCUCAGGAAACACAUGGAGAGCUUUCUUCCACUCGUUAAUGUGUAUUUGCAAUGCAGAGACCUGUAUGGGUUCAGCCGACCAUCCGCAGUUGUCUCGGCUGUCACGCCUGUCCUGAGGAAAGCCCUGUGGAAGGAGCUCUGCGCUGGGAUUCAGGACACCGGAGCGUCGCGUGAGGCCGCUGUGAAACUGCAGAUUCUUUCAAAGUUGUUGCCACCUUCGGAAAGCAAAGGGCUGCACAACCUAAUGGACCAGCUUCCUGCUGCUCUGGAGAGAGCAGGGAAUGAGCAGAGUUGGGCUGUGGCAGAUGCCAUUUCCAGUGUGCUUAAAAACUCGGAGGAGCUGCAUUCCUGGAGGAGACGUCUCUUGUCAGCCUGCAUGAAGGGCUUAGCUGCCGUGUACAGCAGCAGUAAAGAUGAAAGCAAGCAAGAAGUGGAGAGGUCCAUGCUGCUGAGGCUAGAGGAAUUACUGUGCGUGGUUGAAGAAGUGGACCCAGAAGACUGGUGCAGCCUUGUGAAGACGGGACUCAAGUACCGUUACAGAGAUGAAACAUUUCUGAAGGUCCUGAACGUUGCCAUCCAGUUGCUAUACAAGAAAGAAUCCUCACUUAGUCAGAGGUUAAUCAAGCUCUCCAAACUUCACAUGAUGGUCACACAGCACUCUCUAUUUUUGUCGUCCAUCCUGAGGUCAAGAGAAGAAGAUGGCAUGAAUAUCCAGACAAGAGAGGCGCUGGUGGACGUUCUGCUGACAGCUGUGCAGCUCAGCCCCUCUCUCUGUGCGAGCAGUCACCUCCCAGUGCUGCUGGGAGCCUAUGGGGCCACGCUGAGCACCGUGGAUCAGAAGAUACUGCUGUUGCUUCAGUUGUAUGAGAAGAAUAAUCAAAGUCUUAUAAACUCCAGGAUCCUGCUGUGGGGUCCAGCUGCUGUGGAGCAUCACAAGACUUGCAAGAGUCUUGGGAAGUCCCUGUGGCAGCAGCCAAGCAUGGAGGAGAUUCUGUGUCUGCUGGAUCGAGAGAAGAUGAUGAAGACGAUCCUGUCGUUCCCUCAGCAUCGCCGGCUGCUGCCAUCACAGGGAAUACAAGAGUCACUAUAUAAAGAUGAAACAGUCAAGAGUCUUGAUGACUUCUAUGAUCCUUGUUUUCUACUUCAGCUCUUCAGUGAACUGACCAGACCAGAGUGUGUGGUGGCGUGUCACAAGUUCGUGGAGGUCAAUGCCCUGGGUCUCACGGUGGCUGCCCUGAGCAGCUACGACUCCAACAUGAGAGCUGCUGCCUAUUUUGUCCUGGCUUCCUUCCGCGGCCAUCUGGAAGGGGCUCGCUUUCGAGAGAGGAGCCAGUUGCUGUAUCUCUUGGAUGCUGUGCAGAACGGAAUCAGGCAGCCAAACCUCAGGUUCACCUUCUCCCUGACCCUCUACGUUGCUCGUGUGGCGCAGCAGAUCCUGAAGCCAGAGGAGCACAUGUACAUAAAGGUAAACAGAUUCCUUCUGUCACACCAGUAUUUGGACCUGAGGAAAGUACCAGGUUUUUUCCAGCUUUUCUACAGUUUUGAUUUUGAGUACAAAACAGAGCGUGAGUGGAUCCUCAGAUUUCUUGGGGAAGGGCUGCGUGACAAACAUUGCUAUGAGCUUUAUGACUACCAGAGGAUUUUCCAGGUCGUUCUUUCCUUUUUCAACAGUCCUUUGUGUGAUGAAGGCUCCCAGAGUCGUAUUCUGGAGAUAUUACAAAGUGCUGCCCGUGUCACCAGAGCUGCCUAUGAGCUGAUACAGGAUCACAGCCUCCUCACAUGGGUCCUGCACAGCUUAGAGAAAAGGUUUCUGGAAAACAAGGUGAUAAAUAAAAUUAUUUCCUUACUCCAUACUCUGUGGCUAACAAAUUUAGGGGACAAGAGAGAAAACAAGAAUCAGUCCCAGGAGAAGAGGAAACUUCUUCCUAUUCAGCUUGUCAAUGAAUUUCUGUAUGUUUUGGUCACAUUAAUCAAACAUAUUAGGACUAAUGUAGAUCUGGCCAAGCUGGCUGAGUUCUUCAGCACCCUCAGCUCUGUGCUGGAAUACCGUGCUGUUGUUGCUGAGGCUUUUAGGGAGAAGGCGUUCACGGUCAACGACAGCGUCCUCUCCAGCAGGGAGCUGCUGCUGCUGAUGCACAAGUGGAGCCUCAUCUGCAAAGACAUGCAGCUGCAGGAGGAUCUGCAGGCCCUGGCUCAGAAGUACCAAAACAAAGAAUUGCUCAAAAAUAUUAAAGACAAGAACAAACCUCAAGCCUCAUCUCAUGUGUAUCGUCACAUUCGGAAAAAGAACGAGGUGGAAGAAGAUGACGCUGCUGCAGAUGUGGAAGUGUCUGAGCUGGAGAAAUGCAGAGAACAUCUGAAUUCCAUACUUGCCCACUGGGACCCUGUUUUCCCGGCACCACCCUCCACACAGGGAGGGGAGACCCUCAGAGCUGGUGAACCUGGGGGCGAGGCAAUGGCUGUCACCUGUGCUUCUACUCAUGUGGUCACUAAGUGGCUGGUGAGGUCCCUGGCUGGGCAGAGCCUCCUCAGGGAGCAGGACGUGUCCCCAGUGCUGAGGUGGCUGCAGAACCGUGUCCUGCCACACCUGGCGGCCACGCGGGAGAUGCUCAUGGAUGAGACACUGAGGAACAACCUCUUCAGGCUUUACGCCCGGCUCUGCCAGGCCAGCAGCACCUCAGCUGGGCUCUCCAGGGAGCUCGGAGUGCUCAGCUCCAUCAUGCUGCAGCUCCUGGAAGAGCAGGGCCUGGCCAGCACCUUCCACGAGCUUGUGAAAUCCCUGCGCCUAUCAGCAGCGACGGAAGAGGAUGCGGACAGGACGGCUGUUUUUGUAUUCCUGACUUCCGUCUACAUCGGGGACGCGUGGCUUGGAGCGCAGGAGCCAGAUAUGUUACUCACCCAUGUCAGAUUGGUCUGCACUAGUGCAGGUUGCGAAUUACAGGAUGACUUGGAAACUCGGAAAGAAGGAGAAGAAACUAUUGUGUCUCUUUGCAAAAAAAUUUGGCUGCAUCAGGGCGUUAAUUCAGGGAACUGACACUUCAUCUUUAACGUUCUGUGCUCUGCCAUCAUCACUGUGAGCCAUGAAAGCCUCCUGAGCCCUUCUUAUACAAAAAAAAAUCAGUAUUUUAUUACUGUGUGCACUCAGGGGAAAGGUUUUAUUCAGCAUCUCUCAGUGCAACAUUAAAGCUCCAUUUUCUCUACCCUUGAGCAGUCUGAGACACAAUAUUACUUCUAUCAUCUUUAUUACAGGCAUUUUAAACUUUUUAAAGAACCAGGAAGACUGUUUGUGCACGUGUGUGUGUCAUUAAUAUCCACCCUCUCUCCAUUAGAGGAUGGGGAAAAAAGGCUGCCGAGCUUCCUACCACGGGCUGUAAGUGCAAAUGACGAGGAGCCAGAGGUUUAGUCACGAUGAUUUAUUAUUUCUUAAAGAACCCGGUUGAUUCAUGAUACCAAAGCUUUAAUGGCUUUGAAAGACAUUUAUAUCAGACCUGGUACAUUUCUAUUACCUUUUUAAAAAAUUAUUUAAAAAAAAAAAAAAAAAAAAAGCCCCGUUCCAUCACUGCUGCCGCUCUGUGGGACAAAAGCCCAUCUUCCCUCCGCUUGGAACAGGAGCUGACGUCAGGAAAUCUGUGAGCCAUAUCCAGCUGAGCUUAGCCGACUUUAGCCAAAUGUAGCCAAGCUCGGCCGAACCAAGCUGAGUUUAACUGAACCGGGCCGAGUGCAGCCGAGGCAAGCUACGGGGAACGCUGCGGCGGGCACCGAGUCCAGCGGAACCGAUCCGCGGGGAACAGCGCGAGCGGGCACGGAGUGCAGCCGAGCCGAGCUUCCCCGAAGAGGCAAAUCCAAACGACUGUAUCCGGUAAUAGCGGAGGUGUACCGAGCGCAGCCGCGCUCAGCCGAACCCAGCGAGCUGCGCCGAACCGAGCUGAGCUAUAUUUUAGGAAGCCUGGAAAAGCAAGCUCUUCUUGACGAGGAACCGCUUCAUCUUGAAAGUCAAGGUGUCUCGCAAGAGGUGCUGCAAAGGCCUGGAAACACGUGGCUUGAUCUUUGAUCUUCUUUCUUUGUGUUUCUGUGGCUGUUUGAGCUGCACGGAGAAGGUGUCUGUGGCCAUGGCAGCCAGGGAAUGGAAAGUCUGGGAAGGAACUGCUCAGACAUCCAGAAGCAGCGGUGGAUUGGGAGCUGGGGGUCCUGCUCAGUCGCACCCUCCUGGACACUCUGCGUCAAGGGAGCUGGCAAAAAAGGAGAGAGCCGCUAGGAAGCAAAGAAGCCGCCCGAAGGCCUUAUCCCAGCCCAGGGUUCCCACUUUUCUCUCUGACUCCUGAAUAAUUGCUUGAGCGUAACCAGGGAGCGUCCGUUUGAUUUCCUGCCUUUUCCAAUAAAUCCUUGCCUUCAGCUGGAGCGCGUUCCUGGUGUCCUCCUCCUCCUCCUGCAUGGAUUUGUAAAUAAAGUUCCUGACUUCUGUCCCACUGAAUUUUGUUAUUCCAGCAAUUGUGGCUCGCUCGUUCCAUUGAAACUUCCCCGCUCUGCCGAGAGUUUGAGAUGUCAAAUCCAGUAUGUGGCAGAUUGUCUGCUGGCAACAAAGAAGUUGGAAAAUGACAGCCGUGGCCACCCACCGAAGGCCUGGAUAUAAUGGGGAGUGAGAGCAAAGCCUCUGUACUUUCUGCUCCAUUGAGGAACCCGAAGGGAGAAAGCUGGAAGCAGUGGCCUGAAGCUGUUCUUGUGUCUGGCAGUUGCAGGGCACGCUUGGAUCUCUGCUGCAGCUCUUCUGUUGAUCCGUGCUGUGCUUGAGGGAGAGAUCUUGGUUGUGGCUGUGUCCUGCCUGCCUCGGCUGGCAAAUGCUGCGGUUGUGGUUGGCGUGUGGCCGUGGGGAUCCUGGGGACAGGUAAGAAUCCUUCCUUCCCCUUGCAGGGGGAUCUGUGCCAUGCUCAGAGGCAAACAGAAAACAAGACUGUGGCUUUUUAUCUGGGUCUAGUUUCAUGUUCGUGAGACAAAUUUGGUCUCACAAAGCUUUCAGGAACCAGCCACCUUUAUGGGCUAUGUGUUUAUGUUUCUGAAUAUUUAUGGGUCAGCCUGCCAGCUCCAGUUCACUCAGCAGGCACGGCACCGAGGGUGCUCCCCUUCUAUCUCUGGCAAGUCCAGAGGUCGCUUUUCCCGCUGCUUCGUCCCAGAGCGGAUUUCUGUAUCGCUGCUGUUGGCAUCGUAGUGCUCAGUGGUGAGGAACGUCACCUCUGUAAGGCAAAUCGUAGAAAAAAGGCCAGAACGGAACAAGCGGGCGUGUCUUUUGCAUGAGCCAUUGCAUUCCAGCAGGGAAUCUUUCAGCAGGUGCAGGGCACAGCAGGAGGGUUCCUUCCCAUUUGAUCCAAAGAGUCUGCAAAGGCAGGAGCAAAGGGUCGUGGCUGGGGCCUGUCAGGGGUCAGCAUUAUCAGCAGGAAGGAAGUGCGGCCAGAGGGGCUCAGGCAGACCUUGGGCUGGGUGUGACCUGUACUGGCCACAUCUGCGCUGUCCUUGGUAGGGUGGGCAAAGGCAAAUGUGGCAGCUGAGCACGUGCUGGAGACUGUCCUUCAGCUGUCCUAAAAUCUGUCUAGAAAAUGAAAGUGUGCUUGGCUUGACUUGGUUUGUAGCACUUCAAAGUGGUCUUCAAAUAUUCUUCGAUAACUGUGACCUGAAUUAAGGCCAGAGUUCUUUUGUGCAAGCGUCGUUCUGAUAGACAGUGGUUGUUCAUCUGGACUGGUUUUAAUGUCUCUGGUUUUUUUUCUGAAGUUCCCAUUUAUUUUGCUGUAUUGCCGUGGAUGUUCACCCUUGUACUCUGGACAGUGGUUGGGGAUUUUUCUUCAUUCCACAGCUCUAAUGUUUUAUUUAUUUAUUUUUCUCCAUAGCAGUCAAAUUCUCCAAAGCACUCACCUGGCUGCAGAAUGGCCUUUUCUCAGAGAGUCAUGCUGCUUGUCCCAGGCAGCGCUGCCCUGCUCUGGGUGUCUUGGUGCAAAUUUUCAUUGCAUCCUGUAGCCCUAGAAUUCAUGGCUGUCCCUCAGGGUUGUGAAGGAGCGCUGUCUUUGGAUUUUUUGGCUUCAGAGUGGGAAGGGCAUGAUCUAAACUGUGGCAUCUCAGCUAUAUUUUAGGAAGCCUGGAAAAGCAAGCUCUUCUUGACAAGCAAGUUCAUCUUGAAAGUCAAGGUGUCUCGCAAGAGGUGCUGCAAAGGCCUGGAAACACGUGGCUUGAUCUUUGAUCUUCUUUCUUUGUGUUUCUGUGGCUGUUUGAGCUGCACGGAGAAGGUGUCUGUGGCCAUGGCAGCCAGGGAAUGGAAAGUCUGGGAAGGAACUGCUCAGAAAUCCAGAAGCAGCGGUGGAUUGAGAGCUGGGGGUCCUGCUCAGUCGCACCCUCCUGGACACUCUGCGUCAAGAGAGCAGUGGGAAGAGCCCGAGAGAAAUGCCGUCUGGCUGAGGGAUCCUUGCGUCCCCUCUGGAAUAAAUCCUCGGAGCUGCUGCUUUGCAGUCCGGUUUGGACACAUUUUGCUGCCGCUUUGGUUCUGAAGAAGCGGAAAUCCGUGGAUUUCUGGAUGAUUUCCGUAGCUUCCCCUAUUUUGGAGGAGCUGCAGGGUGAGGGAGCUGGCAAAAAAGGAGAGAGCCGCUAGGAAGCAAAGAAGCCGCCCGAAGGCCUUAUCCCAGCCCAGGGUUCCCACUUUUCUCUCUGACUCCUGAAUAAUUGCUUGAGCGUAACCAGGGAGCGUCCGUUUGAUU